UUUCUGUACACGAAGUAACAGGGAUAUGAACCAAGCAUAUUAUACCAACUAACCUUGUUAGCGUAAACUUGGUCUGAUAAAUGGAGCAAAAAGACGUGUAUUACAACAAAGCAGAAUAUAUAGAAACUGCAUCAGGAAAUAAAGUAAGCCGUCAGUCAGUUCUCUGUGGGAGUCAAAAUAUUGUUUUAAACGGAAAGACAAUCAUUCAAUCGGAUUGUAUUUUACGUGGAGAUCUUGCAAAUGUCAGAAUCGGAAGACAGUGCGUGAUCAGUAAAAGAAGUGUAAUUAGGCCGCCAUUUAAGAAAUUCAGCAAAGGAGUUGCAUUCUUUCCCCUCCAUAUUGGAGACCAUGUUAUUAUUGAAGAGGAUUGUGUCAUCAAUGCUGCUCAAGUUGGUUCUUAUGUCCACAUAGGAAAAAACUGUGUAAUUGGUCGCCGAAGUGUAUUAAAAGAUUGUUGUGCUAUAGCUGAUAACACAGUCCUCCCCCCUGAAACUGUUGUUCCACCUUUUACUCUGUAUUCAGGCUCACCAGGUGUGUUCUCAGCAGAAUUACCAGAAUGUAUGCAGGAAAUUAUGACAGAGAAAACGAAAGACUAUUACCAACACUUUCUACCCAUUUCAGAAGAGAAAUGACAAUCAGACGACUUCAUAGCCUAUCUAUUUAAACAAUUAGGCGAGUUUUUGUGAUUAUGAAAAUAUAAAACAAAGGCAGAAGGUUGUGGGUUUUGUUGUGUGGAUCAGGUUUCCUCCAUUCAUUGGUUUUCUUUAUAAUCAAAUUAUGGAAUGUAAUUCAUUAGCCAUAAUAGCUGUAAGUCCUCUUAUAAAUGGUUACUGUUUCAUGCUGGGGGUCCUCUGGUAGAUAUUUAAUUUGUAAAAGCCAAUGAUAUCAAGUAUUUGUGACAGUUGAGUCAUGCUAAGGAAAAUAGAUAGUGAAGUGUAAGGAGCUUGUCUCCAUCUGCUUAAUUUGCAUGUUAGCAAAUAACAUAGAUUCUCGGGAAAAUAAAUUGUUUAGUGUAA